AGGCGUCAGGACAGAGAGGAUCUGGAGAGAGAGAGAGAGAGGAGGAGGAGGAGGAAGAGGAGGGCCAGGUGAGCGUCACAGAGAGGGGACUCUGGCGUUCAUCACUGCAGCGUGGCUUGCAGUAGGACAGCAGCAGCAGCAGCAGCUCCCGGGCCGUGUGACCUGUUCCAGCAGCACAGACCGGGACUCAGGGAUGAUCCUGCAACAGAUGGCCAACGUGUGAGACAACAAGGAAUGGCUUCCACAGCGAGUGGCCUCCGCAUCCAGGGGGACGACAACCUCCAGUCCAUGCUGGUGGGGACGGUAAUGAGGAAAAUCAAGUCUCGUACCUGGAAGAAGCAGCGCUACUUCAAACUGCAGGAUGACUGCAUGACCAUCUGGUACAAGUCCAAGAAGGCUGGCAACACCCACUCCACAUUUUCAGUGAGCGAUGUGGAGGCGAUACGAGAGGGCCACCAGUCCGAGGUGCUGCUCAGCAUCGCCGACGAGUUCCCGGCCGACCGAUGCUUCACGCUGGUCUUCCGCGGUCGCAGGGGCAACCUGGACCUGGUGGCCGAGUCGGCCGAGGAAGCACAGUCCUGGAUCAGAGGCACGAGGAAGCUGAUAGAGAACCUGGAGAACAUGGGGGAGAGGGAGAAACUGGACCAAUGGAUUGGUGACUGGUUCAAGAAGGCGGACAAGAACAACGACGGCAGGAUGAACUUCAAGGAGGUGCAAGAUUUACUGAAGAUGAUGAACGUGGACAUGAACGAGCACCAUGCUCAUCGUCUCUUCACAAUGGCUGAUAAGUCACAGUCGGGUACGCUGGAGGACGACGAGUUUGUGCUCUUCUACAAGAUGUUGACGCAGCGGGAGGAUGUGCUCAGGGUGUUCCAGGAGUACUCCGGUGACGGCCAGAAGUUAUCCCAAAGUGACUUGGAGGACUUCCUGAGAGAGGAGCAGCUGGAGGGGGUUGACAUCCAGCAGCAAGCCAAGCAGCUCAUUGAGCGCUACGAGCCCUCUGACACAGCCAAGCUGCUGAACGCCAUGACAUUUGACGGCUUCUUGAUGUACCUGGGCUCGGCUGAGGGAUCCAUCUUCAACCCACGGUGGCGGCGCGUCUUCCAGGACAUGAGCCAGCCGCUGUGCCAUUACUUCAUCUCCUCCUCCCACAACACCUACCUGAUGGAGGACCAGCUCCGUGGACAGAGCAGCGUGGAGGGAUACAUUAGGGCUCUGAGUCGUGGCUGUCGCUGUGUGGAGGUGGACUGCUGGGAUGGUGCCAACGGAGAGCCCAUCGUCUAUCACGGACACACCUUCACCUCCAAGAUCCUCUUCAAGGACGUGGUCAAUGCAGUGGGCAACUAUGCCUUCAAGGUAUCAGAAUAUCCAGUCAUCCUGUCCGUGGAGAACCACUGCAGCGUGGAGCAACAGAGAGUCAUGGCCCAACACCUCAACCACAUCCUCGGUGACAAGCUGCUGAAAAGCACACUGGACGGCAAGGCCCCCGUCGGACUGCCAUCUCCUGAGGACCUCAAGGGGAAGAUUCUGCUGAAGGCAAAGAAAAUCGGCGGUCUGGAGGAGAGUUUCAACGGGAUGGUGGAGGACUCUCAGAGCGGAGAGGUCAGCGACGAAGACGAGGUCGCUGAAAUCAACGAGGAUAACCUCCACCGCGAGAGCGUCUGUCGCAGGGUGAAGAGGUCAAAGCAGCGUCUGUCCAAGGAGCUGUCGGACUGUGUGGUUUACUGUAAGAGCGUCCACUUCAGUAACUUCAAACACUCCCGCAUCCACUCAAAGUUCUACGAGGUGGCCUCUUUCACCGAGUCCAAGGCCCGCAAACACCUGAGAGACGCUGGGACGGAGUUUGUGCACCAUAACUCCCGGCAGCUGACCAGGGUUUAUCCCAGCGGCUUCCGAACCGACUCCUCCAACUUCAGUCCUCAGGAAAUGUGGAACGCUGGGUGCCAAAUCGUUGCGUUGAAUUUCCAGACGGCCGGGGAGGGGAUGGAUCUGAACGACGGCCUGUUUAGUCAGAACGGCGGCUGUGGCUACAUCCUGAAGCCCGCUUUCAUGAGAGAGGCCGAGAAAAAAUUUGACCCCGAGACGCCCCAAAAACGGGACGGCUACCAACCCGUGGUCCUCACCAUACAGGUGAUCAGUGGUCAGCAGCUGCCCAAAGUCAACAUCAAAGAGGACUCUAUAGUGGACCCUCUGGUCAGAGUGGAGAUCCAUGGGGUUCCUAUGGACCAGGCCAAGCAGGAGACCAGAUACAUCGAGAACAACGGGUUUAACCCUGUGUGGUACGACACUCUGCGCUUCACCCUCCACACUCCUGAGCUGGCUAUGGUGCGCUUCAUAGUGGAAGACUACGACAAGACCUCUAAAAAUGACUUUGUGGGGCAGUACACGCUCCCUCUGAGCUGCAUGCAGCAGGGUUAUCGUCACAUUCACCUUUUAUCCAAAGAUGGAACCAGUAUUCCUCCCUCCUCCUUAUUCGUACACAUCAGGAUCACAGAGCUGGAAUAAGCCUUCAUCAACACCGGAGCAUCCUCGGCACAUUAUUUACUUAUUCCUUCCUAUAGAAAACACAUAUAGCUCCUAUGAAUAUUAUUCUUAUUUGAUGUGAAGAAAUACUACGCCAAAUCUUCUAGUGGUUCUGAGAUACGCAUGUUUUUACUGUAGCGUGUGAAACUUGUUCCUGUGAUCCACUUGAACUUCGCUGCUCGUGUUUGGUGUACUGUAGCACAAAUAUUAUGUGUUGUAGAGAAGAAUGUGCCACCAAUGUGUUUAGAUCAGGAUCUAUAUAUAUAUUCUGUCAGUAUUUUCCUUUAAUGAACAGCACUUCAUGGACUCUGUCUGACCGCUACAGUCCUCAGCUUUCACCCGGGCCAACAUGCACACUUUUGAUUUACAAACAUGGUUACUAUCUAAUAGUCCUUUAGCUUAUAGUGUUCAUUCACAGCAUGGAACGGCUGAACCAGUAGAACCUGUCGUCUCACCACUAACAGAACACUGUCAGUGAGGAUUUAUUUUUUGAUUGGGAUCUAUUCAAAUAGAUAAAAACGUAACAACCACAGCUCUCUGCUGUCCACGGAGCAGCUGCAGUGGAGCAACUGGAGGUUGAAGGUCAGGGCAUGAUGACCCCUCCCAGUGUUCCCAGUCACAUCCUGUCGCUGCUUUCCCGCUCUUGUCGUCGUUUUAGAGAAACGUGACGUGGCUCCAAUAACAUGAUUAUAAAUGUUAAGCUAAAGACAUCACAACGUAGUUCUCAUGAGUGUCAGCUGAUGUUAUUUUUGUGGUAUAUUUGUGUAAAUGUGUUUUGAUAUGUCUAUUUUUGUAUCCAUGGAAACAUUCAUAUGUACUGUACAGCACAGCACACUGUAGUGUUUAUUGGCUUGUUUUUUAUUGUAAAAGACCUCGUAUUCAUUUGCCACAUCUACCUGCAAAUAAAUAGGAUUUUAAUGAUGCA